AGUAAACAAAACCACCGAUAGACUGCGGUAGAUAACUUACAUGAAUGAUGCACAUAAUUGAAUCCUUAAAUUAAAUAUAAACAUAAAAAUGUCAAGUGAAUCAAAAAAAAGUGCUGCGGAUAAAGAUAAAAGUAAGGUUAUGUCAUCUAAAGAAGAUAUUUAUGCUGGAUUUCAAGCAUUACGCUCUGAACAAAGAGCAUUAGCAAAUAAAUUAUCUGAAUUAGAAAUGGAUUUAAAUGAACAUAAAGUUGUAAUCGACACAUUAAAAUUAGUAAAUGAAGAUCGUAAAUGUUAUCGUAUGAUUGGAGGUAUUCUAUGUGAACGUACCGUUAAAGAUGUUAUGCCAAUCUUACAGACAAACAAAGAACAACUAACAAAAGUAAUUGAAGCGUUAAACGAACAACUUACAAAGAAAGGCGUUGAAUUAAAUGAAUACAAAGAGAAACAUAACAUUAAGAUACGUGGACAAGAUGACGAUCUAUCACAAAAAGAUAAAGAUUCUGGUACCGAUAAUAGUGGUUCGGGUAAUCAAGAUAAAACAUCUACACGUGGCAAUGUUUUAGUUGCCAAUUCAUAAAACUACAAUCUUCGACACAUACACACACAUAUGAUUACACACUUGUUUUUGUCUUGUUUACUUCUACCCAUUUCUAACACUUAAAUUUAUUUUUAAUUCUAAUUUGUUCAU